AUGGCGCAAUGUAAAGAGCUAGCAAGGGAAAUCAAGAAGGACCGUCCGAACCGACGAUCUCUCCCUGCAGGUUUGUAUCGAACAUUCCCAACACGCCAAGUCAUCGAUGAAUUGGUGCAGUUAUACUUCUCUACAACUGAGACCUGCUACCCAAUUCUUCACUAUCCCACAUUUAUGUCAGAAUAUGUCGCUUGCAUUGAUGCUCUGGAAGGUGCCAAGGGCUCCUUUCUAGUGGAGCUACUCCUCCUCAUGUCUGUCACCGGCAUGAUGCAUAGCGAUGACGAUGUCCGCCAAGAGCUGGGCUCAAAAAUACCAACAUGGCUACCCAUAUCUCAGACAUGGCUUUCUGCGCCCAUGGAAAAGGAUCGUUUGACAAUCAAGGGAAUUCAAGUACAUUGUCUUCUCCUCCUCGCUCGCCAGGUCAACCGGGUAGGUGCCGAUAUCGUAUGGAUUUCGGCGGGGUCGCUCGUUCGAAUGGCCAUGCAAAUGGGACUGCAUCAGGAUCCCGACCACUUGGGGGACAUGAGUACUGGGCAAAAGGAGAUUCGCAGGCAGCUUUGGUACACGAUUCUUGAAAUGGAUGUGCAGGCGGCCCUUGAUUCGGGAAUGGCUCCUAUGAUAACUCAUGCGGACUACAACACGCACCCGCCAUCUGGCCAAAAGUGCGAUUCCAUAGCUCAACCUCACCCAUCUUUUCAGCACCUAUUGGUCGAAUCUCUCCCACUCAGAGUACGAGCUGCCAUUGUCAUAAACAGCCUACAACAGGAGGCAGAAUAUGAUCAAGUAUUGGCAUUGGGGAAUGAGCUUUCUCUGGCAUUCCAGAAGGCUGCUGUGGCAAUCGAACGUGAAGCAUCGCAUAGCCAGAAGCCACCUAGCCAAUUUACGCAGAGCUUUUGCAGCCACCUUCUCCGCCGCUUCCUCUUAUGCCUCCACUUCAUGUACGCCGUGAAAGCUCAAAAAAACCUACUUUAUGCCCACUCACAUAAAGUGUGUUUGGAUGUCGCGCUCGAUCUUAUCGCACUUCUGAAUGACCGUCUUUACUCCCGCUUGCUCAUUAAAGGAGGAGGCAUGUUUCGGGAUAUCAUCACACGGGGGGCACUGAUGAUCUAUCUGGAGUUAAACUCUAGCACUAGCAGCGAAAUCUCAAUAUUGGCAAAGAGCAGGCACCGAGCACAUCGGCAAAUGUUGAUCAAUGAUACCCACAGAGUAGUUAAAUACGCAAGGGACAGGAUGUCUUACGGGGAGACCAAUGUGAAGGGAUAUUUGUGUCUUAGUAUGGCAACAGCUCGGGUUGAGGCUUUGACUGAGGGAUUUUCAGUGGAGGAGGCUAUGUCGAAUGCAGCCCAGGAAAGCUUAAACACAUGUCACCGAAUUCUCAGAGAGCUAGCCGAUCGCAAAGAAGAUUCUUUGAUGGAUCCAGAACUUGAAUCAUGGAUCUAUCAUGACACUGUGACUCCCCCGGGAGCCAUCGACAGCGACUUCGGGUUUUUCAACGACGGCUCUCUCAAUAUUGACUUUGGAGACUCGAAUCUGUUCCAGCAGUGGAUUGAUGAUAGUUGA